CCACGUCCCUCUCCUCCUCCACGUCCCUCUCCACCUCCCUCUCCUCCUCCACGUCCCUCUCCACCUCCCUCUCCACCUCCACGUCCCUCUCCACCUCCACGUCCCUCUCCACCUCCACGUCCCUCUCCACCUCCCUCUCCUCCUCCACGUCCCUCUCCUCCUCCACGUCCCUCUCCACCUCCACGUCCCUCUCCACCUCCACCUCCACGUCCCUCUCCACCUCCACCUCCACGUCCCUCUCCACCUUCACGUCCCUCUCCACCUUCACGUCCCUCUCCUCCUCCACGUCCCUCUCCUCCUCCACGUCCCUCUCCACCUCCCUCUCCUCCUCCACCUCCCUCUCCACCUCCACGUCCCUCUCCACCUCCCUCUCCACCUCCACGUCCCUCUCCACCUCCACGUCCCUCUCCUCCUCCACGUCCCUCUCCUCCUCCACGUCCCUCUCCACCUCCACGUCCCUCUCCUCCUCCACGUCCCUCUCCUCCUCCACGUCCCUCUCCUCCUCCACGUCCCUCUCCUCCUCCACGUCCCUCUCCACCUCCACGUCCCUCUCCACCUCCACGUCCCUCUCCUCCUCCACGUCCCUCUCCUCCUCCACGUCCCUCUCCUCCUCCACGUCCCUCUCCUCCUCCACGUCCCUCUCCACCUCCACGUCCCUCUCCACCUCCACGUCCCUCUCCACCUCCACGUCCCUCUCCUCCUCCACCUCCCUCUCCACCUCCACGUCCCUCUCCACCUCCCUCUCCACCUCCACGUCCCUCUCCACCUCCCGUCCCUCUCCUCCUCCACGUCCCUCUCCUCCUCCACGUCCCCUCUCCUCCUCCACGUCCCUCUCCUCCUCCACGUCCCUCUCCACCUCCACGUCCCUCUCCACCUCCACGUCCCUCUCCUCCUCCACGUCCCUCUCCACCUCCACGUCCCUCUCCACCUCCCUCUCCUCCUCCACGUCCCUCUCCUCCUCCACCUCCCUCUCCACCUCCCUCUCCUCCACCACCUCCCUCUCCUCCUCCACGUCCCUCUCCACCUCCACGUCCCUCUCCACCUCCACGUCCCUCUCCACCUCCACGUCCCUCUCCUCCUUCACGUCCCUCUCCACCUCCACGUCCCUCUCCACCUCCACGUCCCUCUCCUCCUCCACGUCCCUCUCCACCUCCACGUCCCUCUCCA